UGGAUAUGUCACUAAACCAUUCGAGGCUGAGCAAGUAUAUCAGGAAGUUUCCCGCUUUUUUCACACAGAUUCAAAUGAGGAUUCUUGUGAAGGCUUUUCUGAUCGAUGCUCACGAUGAUGCAAGUAGAAUGCACGUUCUUCGAGGCACCUCACAGCGUGUUCAAAUUCGUAGUAAAUUUUUCCCAACUGAAAAUGUGUUUUCUUCAAUCAAACCACGAUGUAUAUAAUCGUCAAAUAUUCUUUAGUGAGGAUUUCAUUAUGUACCAUUGGUCGUGGAUUCAAAGAGCCUGUAGGUGGACACGACUUGGCAAAGUGCCUGAUGGACUAGUGUGCCCCGUGUAUGCUUCAUAUUGUGUUCCAGCGGAGAUCAAAUUUGCAAAUAUUGUGGAAAGUCGCAUUCUUUUUCAGCAAAGUCGUGCACUUAGGAAGUCAUGUUUGCAUAAUAGAGAGAGCAAUUUAGGAUGAUAGAUGUAAUGUAUAGUCGACAAUAGCAGGAAUAAAAUGUCUCGUGUACAUUGUGAAAAUAGGACGAAUUCGUAGUGGCCAAUGUACUCAUUGGUAUGGAUUGUAGUGAGCAAAAUGUUUGUUAUUGCAGGCUUUUUUCUUCUUCUAAUGAUCUCUUCGCUUAAUUCA